AUGCUGUCAACACCAAGCUUUCUAGGGGCUUUGCUGCUCCUAGUAGCUCCAUCUCUGGGAUCGGAUGUUUGCCAGGCUCCGCCCAUUGACCAUACUGGCACAGCUUUCAGCUAUGUCCAGCCAGAGAACACUACCAUCUUAAGCACUUAUGGUCACUCUCCAGCGGUAUAUCCUUCACCCAAGAUGAAUGGCACUGGCGGCUGGAAAACUGCUCUGCACAAGGCUAAGCAAUUUGUGAACAAACUCACAUCUGAAGAGAAGACAUGGAUGGCCACGGGGCAGCCUGGUCCCUGCGUUGGAAAUGUCCUGCCCAUUCCUCGUCUCAACUUCAGUGGACUUUGUCUCCAAAAUGGCCCACAAUGUAUUGAAGAAGGCAGUUAUUCCAGUGUUUUCGUGAGUGGCGUCUCAGCAGCUGCUAGCUGGGAUCGCAAGCUAUUGUACGAAAGAGCCCAUGCUCUCGCUGAGGAGCACAAGGCAAAGGGAUCCCAUGUCAUUCUCGGUCCCAUCGGUGGACCAUUAGGCCGCAGUCCUUACAAUGGUCGUACCUGGGAAGGUUUUGCAGCCGAUCCUUACCUGACCGGUGUUUGCAUGGAGGAAACCAUCCUCGGAAUGCAGGAUGCUGGAGUCCAAGCCAACGCUAAGCAUUUUAUUGCCUAUGAGCAAGAGACGCAGCGCAACCCCACAUAUGCCGCUGAUGCCAAUGCAACAACAUAUAUCCAAGAUUCAGUUUCCUCCAACCUGGAUGACCGAACUAUGCACGAGAUUUAUAUGUGGCCGUUUGCAAAUGCGGUCCGUGCUCGCGUUGCCAGCGCUAUGUGUUCUUACAACCGUGUCAACGGCUCCCACUCUUGCCAAAACUCAUAUGUGCUCAACCACCUGCUUAAGACCGAGCUCGGCUUCCAGGGAUAUGUCAUGUCGGACUGGGGUGCUACCCAUAGUGGCGUGGCAUCGAUUGAGAGCGGUAUGGAUAUGACCAUGCCCGGCGGCUUUACAGUCUACGGGGAGCUGUGGACCGAGGGUUCUUUCUUUGGAAAGAAUCUGACCGAAGCAAUCCACAAUGGAACUGUUAGCAUGGACCGUUUGGAUGAUAUGGCUCUUCGUAUCAUGACGCCUUACUUCUUGCUUGGACAGGAAAAGAACUACCCGAGUGUGGACGCCUCGGUCGGUCCCCUCAACGUUGACUCUCCAGUGGAUACCUGGCAGUACAAGUGGAACUUCACUGGACCAACCAACCGUGAUGUCCGUGGUAACCACAGCAUUAUGAUCCGCGAGCACGGUUCCGCAUCUACUGUUUUGUUGAAAAAUGAGAAGAAUGCCUUGCCCCUGCGCAAGCCUCGCAACAUCAUUAUUGCUGGAAAUGAUGCCGGUCCCUUGACUCAAGGCCAAGACACACUGGGUGACUUUGAGUACGGUGUGCUCGCCAACUCAGGAAGCUCUGGUGCUUGCCGAUUCUCCUACUUGUCCAACCCGCUAGAGGCUAUUUCUGCCCGCGCCCGCAAGGACGGAACUCUGGUUCAGUCAUACCUGAACAACACUCAAAUUGUCGAGACUGGACUGUCAUCUCUGGCUAUCCCCCAACAUCCAGAUGCCUGUCUUGUCUUCCUCAAGUCCUAUUCCGCUGAAGGUGAAGACCGAAGCUUUUUGGAGCUGGACUGGAAUGCCAAUGCUGUCGUUGAAACAGUGGCCAAAUUCUGCAACAACACAAUUGUCAUCACAAACUCCGGUGGUAUCAACACCAUGCCAUUCGCCGACAAUGAAAACGUUACUGCCAUUCUUGCCCAGCACUAUGCUGGUGAAGAAACCGGAAACGCCAUCGCAGACGUACUCUACGGCGACGUCAACCCAUCUGCGAAGUUGCCAUACGUUAUUGCCUACAAUGAGUCCGACUACAAUGCACCAUUGACCACAGACGUGAAGACCAAUGGUACCUGGGACUGGCAGAGCUGGUUUGACGAGGAGCUUGAGGUCGGCUACCGAUACUUUGACGCGCACAACAUCCCCGUGCGUUACGAAUUUGGUUACGGGCUCAGCUACACCACCUAUGGUUUGAAGAGCCUCAAGUCCAAGACUGCGGUCUCGAAGAACAUCACUGCUCUCCCUAAAAAGCAGCCCGUUCAGCCUGGUGGAAACCCUGCUCUCUGGGAGACUGUCUACACUGUUGAGGCCGAGGUUUCAAACACCGGACAUAUCUCUGGAUAUGCUGUUCCCCAACUUUACGUUGAAUUCCCUUCAUCGACCCCAGCUGGCACUCCACCUAACCAACUUCGUGGUUUCGAUAAAGUGUGGCUUCGACCUGGUCAGAAAAAGACUGUCGCUUUUGAGUUGAUGCGCCGGGAUGUGAGUUACUGGGAUGUUGUUGCUCAGGACUGGCGUAUUCCUACUGGAAAGUUCACUUUCAAAGCUGGCUUUAGUAGUCGUGAUUUCCGAUCAACACUUAACACUACUUUGAUUGCCACAUAA